GUAAGAGCCAAGUUUGAAGUUUAACCUUGCUGACUUUCUGUACUUGGGUUUUUAAAUAAGCCGUUAUUUUGCCUUAAGACAUACACGUUCGUUGGAUAGCUAUAACAAACAAACAGACGAAAACCUAACAUUGCUGUAAUAUUGGUUUUUGGAGCACACAAGUUACUCAUCGUUAUUUAGUGUGCUAUGGGUUGUCACGUUUCAGCCGACAAUUCUAAUAGUUUUACUUGGGACGACUAUCUCAAGAAAACAAACGGUCGCCCAGCAAAGUUGGAGUGCUUUAAACAGUCGAUUAUUCCUCCCCCAAACUACUUCGAGGUGAAUUCCAUUCUAGAAGCGGAAGACCAGCGUAGCGCAGCUCUAGUUCUCAAUCCAUAUUCAAACGAUUUAAUAAAAGCCCGUUAUGCUAAUAAUUCUACUCUUAGUGGUUCGCAGUUGUUGGAGACUCCAUGUAAAAGGUCCAAUCUGAAUCCUCACUCUAGUGGAACCGUCCGACGCUUCAGAGCCGCUUCAUUCAGUUUAGCUCGAGUGAUAGAAACAUGUGGUCCACGUUUAAGAAUUCGUCUGGUUGGAACUGAUGAUCGUAAUGAUUAUUGGUUCUUGGUUGAUUCUGAUCAAAUUAGACCUUAUCCUUCUGGAAGUCCACUACAACCACCCUUUGGUUAUAUGCACAAUCAUCUUGUUUGGAAUCGUACUCUUAAAAAAGCAACUGAAGGGACGCGUUUCGCGGAUCCUUCGUGGUUCAUCUCGCCGCCACCUGAUCCAGAGGACAAUUACUUUCAAGUAAAUGACAAAUUAGAGGCGGUAGAUCGUAGAAAUACUCAGCUGAUAUGUCCUGCAUCUGUAGGUGCAGUGAACGGCCACCAUAUUUUAAUAAAUUUUGAUGGAUGGUCAGGAGCUUUUGACUAUUGGACUCGUUUUGAUAGUCGCGAACUGUUUCCUGUUGGAUGGUGUAAGUCAGCCAAUUACCCUCUUCAGCCACCUGGACCAAAUGUUAUACGCUCGCCAGUUAUUCAUUCAACUCCCACUUUCUUAUAUGCUCACAAUUCUGUCUCAAAAAAUCUCAGCGUCUCACCAAAAUAUCCAUCUAAAGUACUUCCUAACAGUUGCAGCCGCAUCAGGAAGACAAACAGAAUGUCUGCAUGUCCUCGUAAAAAGUUAGGACUUACAAGAAAAGUUAAGUCGCAUGCAAAUUUAGUCAGGAGUAAUUCAAAUGAUGAGACAGAAAGCUCAACAAUUCUUAGAAAUCCUCACCUGUCAACAAAACAGCCUCUAAGUAUGACGAAUUCAUUUUCUCCAGUUUUAUCAAAACCGAAUUACAAUAGUGUUGGUUCGGACCACUUGGAUAGCAAUAAAAGUGAACGUGUUGAUUUGUUUGUAGAGCCGAGUUCCCUGGAUACUUCACAAGUUAAUUCUUCUAUUCAUUCUUUGACAUCACCACCCAUUGUCCCACCCGUCCUAGAAGAAGCAAGUGAUUCUUUAAACACAUUUUACUCCUCAUCUCCUCCUGAAAAUCCUCCACGAAUCGAAGCUUCUGAAUUUAUGAGCGAUUCUGCGACUGAACGCCAUCGACGUUUCAGUGGCCCUUCCGAUUGCGUUGUACGUCUUCAAGCGAAAUCAUCACUAAUGACAGUGUCCAACGUAUUACAUCCGUAUGAACCAGAAUUAAAAUCAUGGAAAGUGGUAACAAAGACAAAGCAGAAGAACAAACAACAUAAAGUAAAGCGUCGCAACGGAAAUUCAAAGAAGAAAUGUCCUGAAGUAAAACAAAAAUUAAAAAUAGUCAAUGAUAGUUUGACUAGUUCGGUAUUAUGCAACUACGAAUAUAUCGAUUCAGUUUCUGCUCAACUGAAAGGCUUUCCUGAUAUAAGUCAAAACUAUCAAAAGUCAAUUACCUAUCCAAACGACAAUCCAAAUUUGUACAAAAAUGAAGCUAUUAACUCUACCGCUCCCUGUAAAGAUGAUUCUGUAUUAACAUGUACUCCUGUCUUCAUGUCAGAUAGAAAUAGUGUAUUUAAAUCUAAGAACGAACAAUCUAUUAAUCCAUCUAUCGGGUCAAGUUUAGAUUUUCAGUCACAUGUCUCCCGUGAUAUCAUCCAUCCGAAUGCUUGUUACUUUGACGAAAUGAGCUCCCCUACUCAUGAUAACUUAUCAGUUGAAACAUCUGACACAAAUUUAUGGUUUUCUGGAAAGUUGGAAUCUAAUUCUAAUAAAUCUGUUUAUCCUGUGUACAGUCAUCAAAAUAUUGAUAGUUUAGAUAGUCAGAGUCUAACAACACAUCUUCCCUCGUCAACUGUGUCUCCUUCAUCAUUAGAUAUCUUAUUAUUGCUGGUGACUUUUCACAAUAACUGAUCCAAUAUCAUAAUGAGUACUCUACGUUUAACUCCGAUAAGGCCUAUUUGUUUAUUCGUCUGCAUCCAGCUGUCAGUCACUUCAAGUCAAUUGAAAUAUAUUGGUCGAAAAUUUGCUGGCAAUAAUUAACUUAUCAAAAUUAUGUAUCAGACAACUAAGAAGAGGCAUUUCAUUCAUCAGUUUUAACUGUUUGUGUAUAAAAUUUCAGAUUUAGGAUCGUUUCCUUUUCCUAAUCCUACUCAGUGGACCAUUGAAGAAGUGUAUAACUACAUUACGGCUCGUGAUGCCACUCUCCUUGAAGCAGCGGAAAAAUUCAAACAUCAUGAAAUAGAUGGUCAAGCCCUGCUUCUCCUUAGCAUGGAAUCGCUGCGAAAUUAUAUGAAAAUUAAAUUGGGUCCGGCUUUAAAAAUGGUUCAUCUUAUCAGUCGACUAAAACGUGGGCUGUUGUAACUUUGUUAGUCCGUUUCUGUUUUCCUUUUGGUGCUUUAUAUUUCAUUUACUAGAUCCAAACUAUGACGGUAUGUAGAUGACUAAUUUCCCUAUAUUUUCCCUGAGCUAUGUAUGAAUCAGUGUUUUCAAACUAUUUUCUUAAUACCCUGACGGACAAAUCCUUGACAAGUUUAUGUAGUCGAAUUCAUUUGAUUAAUACAACUGACAUAAUUCUUCUUGUGAA